GUCCAAUUUAAAAAACACAGCGCGGUCGUCACACACACCCUAACCUCUCAUCAUUCCACUCAUUCCGAUUCUCUACUCCACCUUCACAUCCAGCUCUAUACCGCAAUGUCGACUAGUUGCUGUACUAGACUGAGCAAGAUCUAUAUGGUCACCACCAAUUCACUGUUCGCAGCACUUGGACUUUCCUUCUUAAUAUUUGGCUUACUUGGCUAUACCAAUCGAUUUCAUGGAGCCAUCAUUAUACCUGACAAUAUUUUCCAAUUGAUCAUCGUGCUUGCCAUCAUUAUAUUAGUGACUUCCAUCCUUGGUCUGAUCAGUGCUUAUUCACGACGCCGAUGCGUUAUUUAUGUCUACAUGGUCAUUGUGGCCGUCGCCCUUAUCUUGCAAGUGGUGGUUGGCGUCCUUGUGUACCAGAAGGGAGCCAAUUACUCCAGUUACAUCAACACACUCUGGUCUUCCUCCAGCAAUGCAGAUAGGCUUGCUAUUCAGAACGAGUUCAACUGUUGCGGACUUACUACAGCGAGUGAUAAACCAGCGGUUAGCGAUACGUGCGAUGCUGGCAAAGGACUUACGGCAGUGCCGUGUGCUACGGUCCUUAACCAAUUUGUACACUCCAACUUUUCUACCUUGUAUCUUGUGGUAUUUGCAGCAUUGGCAUUUGAAGUGUUGGCUUUGACCAACGCCAUUACAUUGAUUUGCGCACCUAGUAAUAGCGAAGAGGAGCGUGAACGUCGUAUGAGACGAAAGUCGGGCAUCAAGUUGGAAGAUAUGUCGACCAAUUCAUCAACUGUGGCUGGAUCCAACCGAGGUGGCGAUACCUAUUCGCCAUACGCAUACAAAGACGAAACUUCUAGUACGUACGAGGGCCAUCGGUAUAAUAACAACAAUGCCUACGACUCUUACAACAACAACCGUCAAGACAACGGACGUUACUAUUAGAAAUACCCGAGUAUCUGUACAUUUUAGUUGUCUCGCUUCGUUUCUCUUUUCAAUUUUUAUAUAUUUUAUAAAUGUGGAUGGGUUUUUAUUGAAUGGGGUCACAGUGCAAUAUCCUUUUUUUGAUAUUUUUGGUUUUACCUUGCUGAACUCUUUUUUCAAUCCCUCUUUUGAAAGUCAAGUUUACAAGAUGGACGAACCUCGGGAGGAAGCGUCGACAUCGACACCCCAGGAUGUGCAACCGGAACUCACUGCAACUGAUACUAGUACUGA